AGAGUCCCAUUGGGAGCGGAGGGCGUAUACUUUAGUGUUUGCAUAGAAAUGUACCCACAGCAGUGCAUACCAACCGAAAGGAAGGAUGCCCGUUCCUCCUCUGCGCACAGUGUUCCAAAAGGAAGUCUGAUAAUGUGAUCCCCCGCAGAACAACUUCACAGUGUGCCUCACUCAGUCUGCCACAGGAAAAGUCCUACUGGAGGCAAGUACUGCACUUAUUACUUCAUGAUGAUGACAUGCUUACAUGAGAAUAAGGACAGCUCCAAAUGAAGGUGUGUGUCACUUUUCCCUCUACAACUGAAAAGUGGAACCGAGGAGUCGAAAGGAGAGCAGAAACUUUAAUCAGCAAUUGGGUUAAAGGUUUUUCCAGUAUGGAGCAGGAUGAAUGCAAGGUAUCAGUAUGGGUCUGCCGGGAGGAGAAACUGGUCUCCGGGCUGUCCAAGCGCACCACCUGCUCCGAUGUUGUCAAAGUUCUACUGGAGGACCAAAACUUGAAGCAAGGUGCGUCAGCGGUGAUGCUAUCUGGGACCCCCCAGUCUUACUGCAUAGUGGAGAAAUGGAGAGGCUUUGAGAGGAUUUUACCCAAUAAAACCAAAAUCCUGCAUCUCUGGAGCGCCUGGGGAGAUGAGCAGGAAAAUGUGAGGUUUGUGUUGGUGAAGAAUGAGGCAUCGUUACCGAACAACGGACCCAGGAGCGCCGAGGCGCGGGUCGUUCAGAGCAAAGACAGUCCGUGCGUAUUCAAGGGAGCAGCCAAGACCACAAUGGCUUUCUCGCAAGAAAAGCAGCGGAGGAUUGUUAGAAAAGCUUUUAGAAAGUUGGACAAAAUUAACAAAAAGAAAGAGGAGACUGUUCCUAAAGAUACAUCCUCAGUGGAGAAAAUGGAAACAUUGGUGCACUUGGUUAUAUCUCAAGAUCACACCAUCCGCCAACAGAUCAAAAGGAUCAAAGAAUUAGAUAGGGAUAUAGAGAGGUAUGAGGCAAACGUGCAUUUUGACAGAAUUAAGAAACAUGGUAUCAAUUAUGUGCAGGACACAUACAUGGUGGAGUCAAGCGCGAAGGCUGAUCCAACAGAGAACGUGCCAUGUUCAGCGGAGGCUAUCGCACAGUUUGAGGAGUACGCGCUCUGUUGCGAGGAGGUCCUGCGACUUCAGGAGGAGUUGACAGAACGCGAAGCUCUCAUGGACAUCAUCACAGGUGAGAUUCAGGAGGAGCUGAACCAAAGGUGGAUGAAAAGACGGCAAGAUGAGCUGUCGGGCAAAGAUACCGACAGUAUUGGGGAGUCUGUAGACAUCCCCGUGUCUGCAAUGGCUCCAAAGGCAGGCGUCGCUGCUCAAGAGACAACUGUGGACAGUUUAUCAGAGAACGACUUGGUUUUAGAGGAGGAGAGAAUCAAAAUACAGCUGGAUACUAGUUUAUAUAUUGGUCUUCGUUUGAACACGGAUUCAGAGACUAUUAAGGGUGAUUUGGACUUAAGCCAGGAGCUGUGGGACGCAAAAGAAAAAGAACUAACGGAUUUGCUCGCAAAAAUGGACUCUAUGGAUUUAAAUAAUGAGAAGUUACCCGAUGAUUACAAAGAACCCUCUGGUGUCACUGAGACUGAAAUGUUGCCUUCUUUGGAGAAGAGCAGUGGGUGGGUGGAGCAGGCCAGAGGUCUCUCCAAGACCAGCAACACGAACGAUGAGGACUCAGACACGGGGCUGAGCUCCAUGCAUAGCCAGGACUCUGACAAUACACCUGUUUGUGAAUCACUAGUGUAACUCUUUAUUGAACUGUUGAAAAUAUGCAAUGCAAACUCAGGGACAGUGAAAUUCUCCACACUAAACAAUAUGUUUCUCCUUUUCCUCCAAAAGGCAUAAGCAUGGACACUUAAAAUCUAUAAGGCGUCAGGUAGCCUAGCGGUUAAGAGCAUCUGGGCCAGCAAACUAAAGGUCGCUGGUUCGAAUCCCUGACCUGACUAGGUGAAAAAUAUGUCUAUGUGCCCUUGAGCAAGGCACUUGUAAGUUGCUCUGGAUAACAGUGUCUGCUAAAUGACUAAAAUGUAAAUAGUAUAAACAAGCAAUAUGUCAAUUGUGCUGAAAUCCUAACAAAAGUUAUGGAAAAUUGAUAUAGCUUGCUCUGCUGUUUCUGUGUGUCACAAGUAUUAGAACUAGGGAAAACGACAACUGCAUUGAACUGCAAAGACCCACAUGACUAUGACCAUUCAGCUAUAAACAUACAGGUUACUGUGGAAAUAAACUAUUACAACAUAUUAUGAUCUGUUUGAUUUAGUACUUGCAUGAGUUGGGAAAACUAUUUAAGUGUUGGCUAGGACACUCACAAAUGUUAUUUGCAUGGGGAUUAUG